AGGUAAAUCAGUGUUUCAGUCAUCGGUGUUGUUGACUGCCUUUUUUAGGUGAAUUAGGUACAUAUCUUUGCCGAUAGUGCUGUUGCGCUAAACGAGAAGAAUACAAAUGGGAAUGCUAGCUACUUGUGUAAAUUUCAUGGACGCUCGGAGCGUUUGAAGGUAGAUAUUUUCCAUUGACGGAUAGGCAUGAGUGCUUCAUCGAAAAAUGUUGUCGUUGUGGUUUGACAACUUUGUUGUAUAUUAUGACAAUUUAUCCAUGUACUACGUUGUAAGUGUAAUUAUGUCAUUCAUGGCACUUUUUCUGGCGUGGUGGUACAGUUACUACAAUAAUGGAACAGAACUAACUUCUGACCAAGCUCUGAUGAGCGAAAAUAUCCAAUGUGAAGGCGCCGUAUCUAAGAGCGGACUGCUAAAGAAAAUAAAAUUGGCUCGUCAGGAGGCAAUUGAACAAGAAUUGGCAGCAGGACUCACAGACCAGCAGCUCCAGCAAGAGAGAGAAACAGAACAGGCUCAGUUGGCUGCAAUUUUUAAAUUACUGCAGGAGCAAGAGGAAAAAUUUCAAGUAUCUUCGAUGGAGGAAUUGCAGGAGCAGCUGAAACUUUAUCGCCGAUAAAAGGAGCUAGAUAAUUCUGCUGCUGAAGAAUGUAUAAUUUAAAAUUCACAGGUCCAUUUGUUGUAUGUAACAUGAAGACAGUUACUUUCUUAAAAUGGAACACAGUUGGUGCUAAAAAAUGUUAAAAUGCACUGAUAUGCAUAAACUAUUUUUAUAUGUCCUUUACAAGUGUGAACAAAUGAUUUGCAUAAUAUUUAUAAAAGAUGUAAUAAAAGUUAUUUGUUGUAUGA